GUCUCGUCCCGGGUUCCCCGUGGUCAACUCGCUUGCCUUCCCCCCAGCGAGGCAGCGACGACCGCGAGGCGCGAAGCCGACGAAAUCGGCAAAGCAGGCCACCCCCAAAAAAGCGAGCGCCCUACCUGCGCGUACCACCUCCAUGGCCGCGCCAUGAGGCACCCCCGGCCCGCUCCACGCUCUCACACCCCCGCCCCCACCGCUCCACUUCGCUCGGCUCCGCCUCUGCCCGCCACCUCCACCACCACCACCACCGCCUCCCCAUGCUUCCGCGCUGCCGCCUCGCCGCCGGUGCCUUCUUCUGCCUCGCCGUGCUCCUGCUGCGCGCGGACGCCCAGGGGCAGCCGCCGCCUCACCAGCCCGCGCUCGCGCCGCAGGACGUCGCCGCGCUCCGCGGCCUGCGCGCGUCGCUGGGCGUGCGCGCCCGCGACUGGCCCGCCAGGGCCGACCCCUGCGCCGCGUGGCGCGGCGUCACCUGCCGCGCCGGCCGCGUCGCGGAGCUCCGCCUCUCCGGGCUCCGGCGCACCCGCGCGGGGGCACGCCGCGCGGCCUUCGCCGUCGACCCGCUGCGGGGCCUGACCGCGCUCGAGACGCUCAACGCCUCGGGGUUCCCGCUCCCGGGCCGGAUCCCCGCGUGGUUCGGCCGCGGCCUGCCGCCGUCGCUCGGCGUCGUCGACCUCCGCUCCGCCCGCGUCAAUGGCGAGCUCCCGGCCGAUCUCGGCACGUCCGGGAACCUGACCACCCUUGUUCUCUCCGGUAACAGACUCUCCGGCCCCAUUCCGGCGUCGCUGCUAUCAAUCCCUGGUCUCCGCGUUCUCGAUCUCUCCAGCAACAAUCUCACGGGGCCGCUACCGAACCUGCCUUUCCCUGGCAGUAAUGGAGCUGGAGUUCUGUUCAACGCUUCUGAUAAUUCCUUGUACGGCGCUAUCGGUGAUGCCAUUAGGAAGCGGUUCUGGGUUAUUGAUGUGUCAGGAAAUUACUUCGAUCAGGCCGUUGGAACUGGCUUUGAGAAUUGGAUCGAUGGUUUAGUGGAUUUCAGAAUGAACUGCUUGUCUGGUGCCGCAGGCCAGCGCACCCGUGGAGAUUGUGAGGCGUUCUACACGAGGAAUGGGGUGAGGCUAGGGGAGGUUCCCCGGCCAUCAUCACCAUCUCCGGAGCCACAGCCACCACAGGUGCUUCCAGUGCCAUCAACGGGCAAGAGAAGGGACAAAUGGAAGCACGUAUUGGCUGGGGUCCUUGGAGGUGCUGCAAUUGUGGUAACUCUCGGUCUUGGUGCGCUGGUGUUUUGCUUGUUGAGAAGAAGAGGAAGGGUGAGACUAAGAACAAGAGGAGUGGAGCAGAUUGAGGAGGGCAUUUGGUCUGGGCGGAGGAGUAGCAGUGUGAAUCCUGUCACAAUGUCACCCAUGGCAUCCCCCGGAGCCAGUGGUUCACCAAAGGGUGUUCCUAUCAUCAUAGAUGAUUUCAACUAUGACCUGCUGCAGCGUGCAACAAGGGGUUUUGGGGACAACAACCUUGUCAAGCGUGGGCACUCUGGCAACAUGUACUAUGGUGUCCUGGAGAGUGGCUUCGAAGUUGUCGUCAAAAAGGUUGAUCUGAAGAGCAGAAAGAAGUGGCAGGGGGAGUUGAGCUUCCUCACAAAGCAUAGCCAUAGGAGGAUUGUUCCAUUGCUGGGCCAUCUGGCCAAGGAUGAGGAGCAAUUGCUCGUCUACACAUACAUGGCAAAAGGUGACCUCACAACUGCACUUCACAAGAAGUCAGUGGAAGUUGAAGAGGGGUUGCGCUCAUUGGAUUGGAUAACAAGGCUCAAGAUUGCAAUUGGUGUGUCUGAGGCCUUGUGCUUCCUUCACGACGAGUGCAGUCCACCGUUGGUUCACAGAGAUAUCCAAGCAAGCAGUGUGCUUCUUGAUGACAAAUUUGAAGUGCACCUUGGGAGUUUGAGCGAAAUAUGCGUUCAACAAAGUGAAGGGAGCCAAAGUUUCUUCUCUAGGAUUUUCAGAUCCUCAAAGUCCCUUGACAAGAACACAUCAGGUCCACCAGCUAGCUCCUCAUACGACGUUUACUGCUUUGGGAAAGUGCUACUUGAGCUAAUCACCGGAAAUUUUGGUGUGAGUGGCUCAAAUGAUGCUGAUUCAGAUGAGUGGUUGGCAAGAACAUUAGGUUACAUCGACGCCUAUGACAAGGAGAGUGUCUCAGGUAUUGUGGAUCCUUCCCUUGUCGUGGAUGAAGACCAUCUGGAGGAAGUAUGGGCAGUGGCUAUUGUCGCGAAGACAUGCCUGAAUCCAAAGCCCUCUAGGCGCCCACUUGCUCGGUACAUCCUAAAAGCGCUGGAGAACCCACUAAGGGUGGUGCGGGAGAGGGAAGAGCUCCACUCCCAUUCAUCUCGGCUCAAGAGUACGUCAUCUCGAAGCUGGCGUUUUGCAUUCCAUGGAAACAAGUACCAGAGCUGGGAUGUCAUGCCAACGUCGGGGAAAACACUUGCUCAGAAAAAUAAAGCCAAGUCCCAGGGAACUGCAGGAAGCGAUGAGGAUGAGGACAAUUUGUUCUCGUUCAAGAGGGCUUCGCGGGAGAAUUUCCCGGAUCCUGUAGAGUUGGAAGACAGUGUUGUUGUGUAGGAGUACCACAGAUUAGCAAUACUUUGGUGUGCAUCUCUUUGAUGCGACAAGGAUGAGGACAAUUCGUUCUCGUUCAAGAGGGCUUCGCGGAAGAAUUUCCCAGAUCCUGUAGAGUUGGAAGACAGUGUUGUUGUGUAGGAGUUUCAGAUUAGCAAUACUUUGCUGUGCAUCUCUUUGAUGCAUCUAGGUAAAAAAACUGUGUAUACAGAGUAGGCCUCCUUUACUUUCUCCCUCUCUUAUAGUUUCAGUAAUCUGUACUGGAAAUAAAGAGCUUGAAAUGACACCGCAGGUGCGCGGUCCUUGAAAUGCAAGCCAUAAAAAAAGCUUCUAAUCA